ACUCAAAGUGCUACACACCGAGCUACCCUUCCUGUUAGCCAACUAGAAUCUGCACGUUUCAAGAUUACCCAGAUCAUGGAAUCCAUUUCUGCGCUGCAGCGGACUGUAGAAUUUGGUGGACAGAAUGUUAUGCCCGCAUGGCCGGAUAUUCUCGCAAAAUACAACGUACUACUUUCACAAACACAUAACCUCUGUACUUCCCUGGUUUCUGCUCCGCCAUCUUCCCUGCCACUCGACGCGUCAUCUGGCACUUCUGGUAAACCACUCGCGAAACUCGCACUCCAUCCUGCAUCGGCUUUACCAGACGCGCAACUUGACAACGACCUUAUUCCAUUGUUGCGAAAUCAGCAGACAACAGAAGUACUACGCCUUGAGAAUGACACAGUCCGGAGACUUUCUGAACGGCUCCCGACUGCUGCGUUACAGAAGGAACGCCCGACUGCCGCUGAGACGUAUAUCGCCGUCCUGCAGGCUUGUGCCGACAUCAAAGCGGAACACGAUGCACGGUGUGAUCGUGCUAUGCGUGCAGUAGCGCUUCUUCGAGAGAAGUACGACUGGAAAGCGCGUGUGGCUGUUGAAACGGAAGAACCAGAGGAA